AUGUCUGUGGCUCCCUCUCGAUCUCUGCAGGCUUCUGCCUUGACGUUUGUCGUCCUUUCCGUUGGCCAUACCGUAUGUUUACUCCUGAAGCAGUGGUCGCUUGCAGCGAACCAGGUUCAACGGUGCACUAACGCGAGCACAAACAGCUUGGGGGGCAGAGACUGGAAUGCCGACAAGGCUUUCAAGGCUCUGAAAGGCCAGCGGUCGUGGGCUUGUGGCACCGUGGGUUGGUACCAGGGAAGUGCAUUCUUCCUUCUCACUAGUAUCCUGCACUACCAAUGGUCUCGCAAUCCUCAGGCGCUGGCUGAUCCCUUGAACAAGACCAUGGCCGGCAUUGUCAACCUUCUCCUUCUGGUGAGCUCGGCGUGGUACGCUAAGCAUGGCAUCAAGGAGAACGCGUGGGCCGUGGGCCUGUCGGCUCUGCUCCAGGGGUAUGCUGUCUUCAAGGCAUAA